GGAACGACUUCCGUGUCGAUGGCCUCAAUGACCUCUGGCACUUCACUCCAGACGUGGGGUGGACGAGCCUCCCAAACUCCGGUUCGGAGACCUGGCCGUUGGCGCGCCAAGCCGGUGCCGCGGAAGCGGACGCUUCCGGGCGGUUCUGGAUCUUUGGAGGUGAGAACGCGCCGUUCAACACGCCAUUCAUGAGCAAUGAUCUGUGGCACUUCACG